UAAAGGUUGCAGCUUGACAGGCCACCUUCUUGUUAACGUUGCCUCCAUAAUUAUAUUCAUAUUCUUCGUCUUUUUCAUAAUCCUUUUUCAAUUUGGUGAAGUCUUGAAUUUAAUUCUAGUCAUUCAUUAGCUUUAUCAACUUCAAGUCCAAUUUCCUUAUUGCCUCUUCAAUUUUAGACUUUUUCUGUGUCUUCUACAAAAAGAAAUCUACUUUUUAUACCUGAAUAAUCAAUUAGAACCCAAUUAAAUAGACGCUGAUCUGAUCCAUUUCUUCAGAAUUUGUGUCAAUUUUUUAUAUGGAUUUUGGUUGUUAGGUCUUUUUUUUUUGGGUAUUGUAAGGAUCGAAAUCGACGGAUUGGAAGAGAGAAAAUGGGGAUUUGUGUAAGCAAAGAGAAACCUGUGAAGUCGAACGCUAAUGGGCAUAGAGCUGGGAAUGGAGUGCAUCAUAAUCAGACUCCAAUUCAAUACACAAUGUCCCCAGGCUAUGCCGCUCAAUUACCCGUAAUUCCACCCGCAAGCCCUAAACGAGUUGUUCAAAAAGCAAACACCAUUUUAGGAAAGCCGUAUGAAGAUAUCAACUCCCAUUACAGCCUUGGAAAAGAACUAGGUAGGGGACAAUUUGGUGUUACUCAUCUUUGUACUGAUAUUGCAACUGGUCAACAAUAUGCUUGCAAAUCAAUUUCUAAAAGGAAGCUUGUUAACAAGAGUGAUAAAGAGGAUAUAAGAAGAGAGGUUCAGAUCAUGCAGCAUUUGAGUGGGCAAUCAAAUAUUGUUGAAUUCAAGGGUGCUUAUGAGGACAAACAGUCAGUGCAUCUUGUGAUGGAAUUGUGUGCUGGUGGAGAGCUUUUCGAUCGUAUCAUUGCUAAGGGACAUUAUAGUGAAAGAGCAGCUGCUUCAAUCUGUAGGUCUAUUGUGAAAGUUGUACAGAUUUGCCAUUUCAUGGGCGUGAUGCACCGGGACCUUAAGCCGGAGAAUUUCUUGUUGUCAGAUAAGAGUGAAAAGGCUCUGCUCAAAGCAACCGAUUUCGGAUUAUCAGUUUUCAUUGAAGAAGGGAAGGUAUAUAAGGAUUUGGUUGGGAGUGCUUAUUAUGUAGCUCCUGAAGUAUUACGUCACAGGUAUGGGAAGGAAGCUGACAUUUGGAGUGCAGGAGUUAUGUUAUACAUAUUACUCAGUGGUGUACCCCCUUUUUGGGCAGAAACUGAUAAGGGAAUAUUUGAUGCCAUAGCGAGGGGCCACAUUGAUUUUGAUAGCAAACCUUGGCCAUCGAUAUCUAAUAGUGCAAAGGAUCUGGUCUGCAGGAUGCUGACACAGGAUCCAAAGGAACGCAUUACUGCUGCUGAAGUUCUUGAUCAUCCAUGGAUGAGAGAAGGUGGAGAUGCAUCAGAUAAGCCUAUAGACAGUGCAGUUCUCUCUAGGAUGAAGCAAUUCAGAGCAAUGAACAAGCUCAAAAAACUCGCGCUGAAGGUUAUUGCGGAGAAUUUAUCUACAGAAGAGAUUCAGGGGCUGAAAGCAAUGUUCACAAAUAUGGACACUGACAACAGUGGAACAAUCACCUAUGAAGAACUUAAAACUGGAUUGGCUCGACUUGGUUCAAAGCUCACAGAGACUGAAGUCAAGCAGCUUAUGGAAGCUGCCGAUGUGGAUGGAAAUGGGACAAUUGACUACAUUGAGUUCAUUACUGCUACAAUGCACAGACACAGAUUAGAAAGAGAGGAAAAUCUUUACAAAGCGUUUCAGUACUUUGAUAAAGACAACAGCGGGUUUAUCACAAGAGAUGAACUAGAAACAGCCAUGAAGGAGUAUGGAAUGGGCGACCCAGCCACCAUAAAGGAAAUAAUAUCUGAAGUGGACUCUGAUAAUGAUGGAAGAAUCAAUUACGAAGAAUUUUGUACCAUGAUGAGAACUGGAACCCAACGGCUGGACAGACUCUUUUAGCAGUUUUGAGAACCUGGAUAAGCUUAAGAAUUAAAACUUUCACGAAGUUACUUUGCUGACGACUAAGAGGGAUCACCACCCGACAUGCUUUGAAGUUAACCUCUGAGGCUGCGAUUUGGAUUGGUUUUUUUAUUUUUUUCAGUAGAUAGUGUGAAUUAGUCAUUGUUUACACCGUUGAGUUCCUUCCUUCCUUUCUUUCUGUUCUCAUCCACUUCAGGAGAUUUUUAGACACCAUAAUUGUCUAUAUUUAUUCUCUGAUUCCCCAAAGAAAGCUUCAAUUUUUUUAUUUUUCCUCCAUAGCCUUGUUAUUCCCUGUCAUCGUCUAACAGACGAUUUAUAUUGUGAUUUUUCGUGAAUAACAGGUUUCCUUCUCUAGACAUGAUCAAAUUUCCCAUGUAUCAUAGAUUUAACAUUCCCAUUAUUGUA